UAUCAUAAACCUUAUCUUCCUUCUUUUUUGUAGCCAAAGAUGGCAUCACCAAGUGUUGAAAAGGACAAGUACCGCACCUAUUUGCACGGAGAUGAAGAGAAGAACACCAAAUGGAGAUUUGGUGCCCCACCUAACUAUGAGGCUGUGAAUAAGUUAUUUGAAGAAGGCAGAACCAAGGAAUGGCCUCCUGGAUCACUUGAAGAGCAGGUGCAGACUUUAGUUAAAAAUUGGGAAAUGGAAUUUUUCCACAAAGUUGAUAUAAACGAGUUCAGAUCAAUUGAUCCUAAGAAAUUUACUUUCAGCCUAAAUGGGAGAAAGCCUAUGAGUUUGGAAGAGAUAGGGGAACUUGGUGGGGGCUACAUUCCCAUGUUGCAAACAUCCCUACCUCAAAAACUGAGGCCUUAUGACCCAGACAAAGAAACAAGAUAUUCAUCUCACAUAGCUUUUACUACUACUUUACCAAGAGGGUUUGCUUUGGAGAUUCUCCAAGUGUAUUCUGGACCGCCAGUAAUUGUCUACAAGUUUAGACACUGGGGCUACAUGGAGGGUCCUUUCAAAGGCCACGCUCCAACUGGAGAAAAAAUUGAAUUCUAUGGAAUGGCUAUUUUCACGUUGGAUGAGGAUUCGAAAAUCGUGAAGGUGGAGUUCUUUUUUGAUGCAAAUGAACUGAUUGGAGGUCUUCUUAAAGGUCCUGAGUUUGAUGGUAGUACUGAAGGUGGUGUUUCAAGUUGUCCUAUUCUCAGGAACACUGGGUAGAGCAGCAAAUGGAACUUUAAAUUUGAACAGAACAUAUAAUAAUACAAGCAAAUAAGGUAGUAAUAAUACCCCUGUGUAACAAGCUUGGUGAAUACUCAAUUAGGAGUUCCUCAGAUAAGCUCUUUGGCUAGAUCUUCCAUGUUCCCAAAUUUGUUGGUGUAUACAUCAUGGAUUUUAGAUAAAUUAAGCAAAUAGUUUUAUUUUUUUCUGAGCA